UGCUGGGCCCGGGCGGCGGGAGGAGCCGUGCGGUUCCGGCUGCCCCGGCGAGGCGACCCUUGGGUCCGCGCCGCGGGCGGAGUGGACAGGUAAGCAAGCGGCAGCCGCGGCUCUGGAAGAGGCUCGGGCAGCGGAGACCCCCCUCGGCGCCCGGCGCGCCCCCCGCACCCUCGGCCUCCGGCUUUGAGGCGGGGGAGUAAGGAGAUGCCGACUCAGAGGGACAGCAGUACCAUGUCUCACCCGAUCGCAGGCGGCGGCAGCGGGGACCAUUCUCACCAGGUCCGGGUGAAAGCCUACUAUCGCGGGGAUAUCAUGAUAACACAUUUUGAACCUUCAAUCUCCUUUGAGGGCCUUUGCAAUGAGGUUCGAGAUAUGUGUUCCUUUGACAACGAACAGCUUUUCACCAUGAAAUGGAUAGAUGAGGAAGGGGACCCGUGUACAGUAUCAUCUCAGUUGGAGUUAGAAGAAGCCUUUAGGCUUUAUGAGCUAAACAAGGAUUCUGAACUCUUGAUUCAUGUCUUCCCUUGUGUACCAGAACGUCCUGGAAUGCCCUGUCCAGGAGAAGACAAAUCCAUCUACCGCAGAGGUGCACGCCGCUGGAGAAAGCUUUAUUGUGCAAAUGGCCACACUUUUCAAGCCAAACGUUUCAACAGGCGUGCCUACUGUGCCAUCUGUACUGACCGAAUAUGGGGACUUGGACGUCAGGGAUAUAAGUGCAUCAACUGCAAACUCCUGGUUCAUAAGAAGUGCCACAAACUUGUCACAAUCGAAUGUGGGCGGCAUUCUAUGCCACCGGAACCAAUGAUGCCCAUGGACCAGUCAUCCAUGCAUUCAGACCAUGCACAGACAGUAAUUCCAUAUAAUCCUUCAAGUCAUGAGAGUUUGGACCAAGUUGGUGAAGAAAAGGAGGCAAUGAAUACCAGGGAAAGUGGCAAAGCUUCAUCCAGUUUAGGUCUUCAGGACUUUGAUUUGCUUCGGGUAAUAGGUAGAGGAAGUUAUGCCAAAGUACUAUUGGUGCGAUUAAAAAAAACAGAUCGUAUUUAUGCAAUGAAAGUUGUGAAAAAAGAGCUGGUCAACGAUGAUGAGGAUAUUGAUUGGGUACAGACGGAGAAGCAUGUUUUUGAGCAGGCAUCCAAUCAUCCUUUUCUUGUUGGGCUGCAUUCUUGCUUUCAGACAGAAAGCAGAUUGUUCUUUGUCAUAGAGUAUGUAAAUGGAGGAGAUCUAAUGUUUCAUAUGCAGCGACAAAGAAAACUUCCUGAAGAACAUGCCAGAUUUUACUCUGCAGAAAUCAGUCUGGCAUUAAAUUAUCUUCAUGAACGAGGGAUAAUUUAUAGAGAUUUGAAAUUGGACAAUGUAUUGCUGGACUCAGAAGGACACAUUAAACUCACUGACUAUGGCAUGUGUAAGGAAGGAUUACGGCCAGGAGAUACAACCAGCACUUUUUGUGGUACUCCCAAUUACAUUGCUCCUGAAAUUUUAAGAGGAGAAGAUUAUGGUUUCAGUGUUGACUGGUGGGCCCUUGGAGUAUUAAUGUUUGAGAUGAUGGCAGGAAGAUCUCCAUUUGAUAUUGUUGGAAGCUCUGAUAACCCUGAUCAAAACACAGAGGAUUAUCUCUUCCAAGUUAUUUUGGAAAAACAAAUACGCAUACCACGUUCUCUGUCUGUAAAAGCUGCAAGUGUCCUGAAGAGUUUUCUCAACAAGGACCCAAAGGAACGAUUGGGUUGUCAUCCUCAAACAGGAUUUGCUGAUAUUCAGGGACACCCAUUCUUUCGAAAUGUUGAUUGGGAUAUGUGACAUCGUGAGGAAGAUUGAUCAGUCUGAAUUCGAAGGUUUUGAGUACAUCAAUCCUCUUUUGAUGUCUGCAGAAGAAUGUGUCUGAUCCUCAUUUUCCAACUAUGCAUUUUGCUUGUGUUGCCAUUUAAUGCAUGAAUAAACUUGUUACCAGCCUGGAUACCAUGAACCAUUUUAUAUUUUUCACCUACAAAAAAGCACUCAGUAUCUUCUGUUAUUGGCUGUAAGAGUCAAUUAUUACAUCUAACUAUGAAAAAGAAAAUGAAACUAGUUUCCAGACAGUCGUGUCAACACUUAACUAUACUGGUAAUCCAGCAGCCUACUGAUGAGUAAUGAAGUUGUCCUUUUGUUUAAAGGAAAUACUUAUACUGCUUUUAAACAGCGUAUCCGUUGCAUUAAGGCACCUGGUGGGAUUACGUCGUAAGCCUCCCGUGAUUUUUUUGUCAUUCUUCGUUCACUUCACCUUGAAGUGUUUAAUUUUGAUAUAAAAGAAUAAUUCAAAAAACAACAAUUUAUUAUAUUACCUAUUUCUGAGUUGUGUUUAAAAAUUCAGCUGUAAAUUUUAUUGCCUUGGAUAAUUAUUGAUUUUUAAGGCAACAGUUAUUAAAGUGGUAAUAAAAGAUGUCACUUGCUUAGAAUUAGGGAUACAGAUUCUCCUUGAGGGAAAAAAAUGGGCAUAUUUUAUUAAGUAUCAGAUUCCAAAUCAUUAGCUGUUUCUGAAAAACUGAUGAGAGUGAUUUCUUUAGUAUAUGGGCAUUAACUUCUGAGCUUACCCAGUUAGCCAGAACUUUAACUGGAAUGUUAAUAAAUAUCACUCAAAGAGCCCAGGAUGCAUUUGAAUGGAGCAUUUUUCAGUAUGUAGAAAGAAAAAAAAUAGAAAUUUAAAAUAGAUACCGAAAAGUAAGAUGGUGAGAUUUCUUUCCUUAUUAGCAAAUCCCACAGUUAUUUUUUGUGAUUUGAUUUAAAUAAUAAGGAAACAGUCAUUAUCAGACUUGUAAAAGCAUUCCAUUAUCCAGUGGAGACAGAACGUAUGCUAUUUUUUCCUUAUAAUUUAGUAUACAGAAAAAGUAUUUAUCUUCCAAAUAGUGUCUUAACCAUACUCACUUGACCAUACUCACUUCUUCACCAAAGCCCCAUUAUCCGUACUUUUGGACCCUUUUUAUGGAGUCUUCAGUGAAAUUUUAAAAAAUAAGGUAAACAUGAAUAAAUAUUAAGGACAUGCAUGUACAUACCCCACAGUUCCAGCUCCUUAAGUGAGUUUUUAUUAAGUAGGUAACACAUGUAAAAAAGUGGAAUACAUUUCAGGGGCAGAGUUCUUCAGAUUAUUUUUUAUUAAUAUUAGUGUUUAGCAAUUUAUUAUUUAAAGGGAUGCCAAUGAUAGCAUCUGUUUAUUUUGAAUAUUUUUUUUAAUAUAAAGGGAUGUAAAAAGUAACCAUAAUCAUCUAAAUUACUGUCUAAUCUUAGUAAAAUUGAAUUUUGGGGAAAGCUGUCUAGUCUUACAUUUAGAAUGAUUUAAAAUUUAUAGGCAUUUAAUAAAUUAUCUCUUUUGGAUGCUACGUUUUAUUAGAAAUGUAAGUUUUCUGAAGUUUCUGGCCAUAUACUCAUUUUUCUUUAAAUAACUAAAUCUGAAAGCAAUGAAAACCUCAAAGGAAAAAGUUUAUAUACAUUCCCAUGUUUAUGUAACAGGUAUAUAUGUUUUUCUUAAUACCUGAAACUUGUUUUAAGAAACAGAAUUCACUGCAAACCAUAAACUCAUAGAAAAUUCUGACAUAUUAGAAAUAUAUUUAUGAUCUUGCUUUUAAGUGGUACUGUUUCCCUAGGGCAUUAGUUCUCAAAUUUUAGAAUGGGGAACAAUCACCUGGAACAUUUGUUUAAAAUGCACAUUGCUGGGCCCACCUUAGAAUUCUGUUGGGUCUUUGGACCUUAUUUUGAGAAACACUUUCUUUGAGCUAUUCUUUUAUUUUGUCCUGUAGUUAUACAUUAGAAUAUUCAUGAUAAGUUUUGAGAAAGGGGUAGGCAGUGAGUUACUAUCUUAUCUACAAUUUUAAAUAAAUUUUGAAUGACUUCUUCAAGUUAGAUAUCUCCCUUCCCUGCAAAAUCCCAUCUGUUUUCUAUCAGUAAUGUUACAAAUGAUGAACAUUUUUCUGUGAUGAGGUUUUAACCAUUAUUCAGGGUGGUCUUUUGUUUUUAAAUAUUUUUUUUAACUAAUAAGAUUUACCAUGUAUAUUUUAUACAAAAUUGCAUUACAAAUAUGUUUUUAAUUGUGUUCUGUUUUUUGUAGUUUUUAAGUGCCAUGCCAAUUCCUUUUAUAUUAUAUAGAAGUUCUUUCAAAAUACUCAACGGGAAUAAGGCAGUUGACAGAAUGGUUAGAAUUUUGGUGUUCUAAGAAAAAACUUCUUUUGCAUAAGCACGUCUGUGGUCAGAUCAUUUUAUGUGUAUGCAGCCUGAAUUGCAUAUCAGGUAUUAUGCUUGUUUGGUACCUGUAUAUUUACUUUUUAAAUUUUGUUUUGUUUUGAUUUUUGUCAUGUAGAAUACUGCCUUGGUCAUCAUAAUGUAAUCUGUAUUUGUGUACCCUUUUUUUUACUUUAAAAUCUUUAAAUAAAAUGUUUAAUACUCA